CAAUAAACACAGGAAAUUUUAUUAUGAUAAAAGAGUUAAUAUUUCCAAAAUAUUAUAGUUGUAAAUUUGUUACACUUAAUAAUGAGUUUCAACAUAUGUAAAGCAAAAUAAUGAUGCAACUAAAAGGAAAAUGGACAAAUCCAUUAUCAUAGGGAGAUUUUUAACAGAUGUCUCUUAGUAACUGAUACACCAAACAGACAAAAAUUCAACAUGGAUACAGUAGAUUUGAACAAUGCAAUAAAUAAACUUGACCUUAUUUACAUACCUUAUACUCAGCAAAUGCAAAAUUCAUAUCAAAUGCCAAGCCAGUUAACCAAAUGAUGAAUCUAAAAGAAACCUUAAAAAAUAUCAAAAAGUAAAAUUAUACAGAGCACAUUUUCUGACAACAGUGAAGUUAGGAUAGAAAUCAAUAAUGAAACAAGAUAAUAUUAAAAAUUUUAUAUUUGAAAAGUACUCAAUAAACUUUUAAGUAAUUCAAACACUAAGAGAAUGAAUACAAAUGAAAAUUAGGAGACAUUUUUCUUUGAAUUAUAGUGAAAGUUCAAUGUAUCAAAACUUUUAGAAUACAGCUAUAGACAUACUUAAAUGCUUUUACUAGGAGUAAAAAGCUGAAAAUAACCUCUUUUCCUUUGGCUUGCCACUGGGCCCAUGGGCCCAGUCGUAUUGCCAUGGGCCACCACCCAUCCCGGUGUUACUGGUAUUGUAAGAACAAGCAGAGUCCAAAGUCUUGUUUCUGCAGAGGUGUCCCUGAUGCCAAGGUCCGCAUCUUUGACCUUGGGCAGAAGAAGGCAGAAGUGGAGCAGUUCCCACUGUGUGGCCACAGAGUGCCAGAGGAAUACGAGCAGCUCUCCUCUGAAGCCCUGGAGGCUGUCCGUAUGUGUGCUAACAAGUACAUGGUGAAAAGCUGUGGCAAAGAUGGUUUUUGCAUCCAAAUGCGGUUCCAUCCCUUGCACGUCAUCCUUAUCAACAAGAUGUUGUCCUGUGCUGGAGCUGACAGGCUCCAGACAGGUGGGGUGUGGGGUGUCUUGUGGGGUGCCUUUGGAAAGCCCCAGGGCACAGUGGCCAGGGUCCACAUUGGCCAAGUCAUCAUGUCCACCAGUACCAAGGUACAGAACAAGGAGCAUAUGAUUGAGACACUAUGCAGGGCCAAGUUCAAGUUCCUUGGCUGCCAGAAGAGUCACAUUUCCAAGAAGUGGGGCUUUACUAAGUUUAAUAUGAAUGAAUUUGAAGACAUGAUGGCUGAAAAGUAGCUUAUCCCAGAUGGCUAUGGCUUUGGUCAAAUACAUCCCUAAUUGUGGCCCCUUGGACAAAUGGUAGGCUCUGCACUCAUGAGAACCUUGACACUGCCUGCUCCUUAUUCACGCCCACAAUAAACCCUGCUUUCUGUCAAAGGAAAAAAAAAAAGCUGAAAAUAAAUCAUCCAAGUAUCCAUUUCCACUAGUUAAAAAAAUUAGGCUGAGGCAACAGGCACAUGAAAAGAUGCUCAACUUCACACCUCAUCAGGGAAAUACAA